CCGCUGAUUGGCUGGAGCCGCGGCAGGCGGAAGUCGAAGGCGCGCGGGGAUUCCCCGAGGGAAGUUCCAGCUCAUUGUAAAACAUACAAAAUGUUCAUUCGUACGAAAUAGUUCAUUUCCUCCCGUUAAACGCGUAAAUAUGCGUGUAGCAGCGUCGCGAUGUCCAAACUGCGCGUAGCUUUAUGCGCUUGGUCUGUUUUGGAGUGAAGCCGUUACUGACAGGUGCCGUGCUAAUCUCGCUCCUCUGAGUUAAAGAAGGGGUGUGUAAGUGUUUGUGUGUGCCUGGGACUAGGGCCCGGGACCGCCCUGUUCGGGAUGUUACUGAAGGCCCCGGAAUGGACAGGACCAUCAGUGAGCAGCUCAACAAAGCCUUCGAAGCGUACCGCAACGCGUCUAUCGAGAAAGAGUUGGCCAGAAAGGAACUUCAGCACAAGACCGAGCAGUAUCAGCGGCACACUCAGCAGCUGGAGAGACAGAUAGAGGAGCAGACGAAGACCAUCUCGCAUCUUAAAGCUGAGCUCAGCUCCCUUCGUAAACAUGCACCAGGGGAGGUCUGUGAGCCUGCGUACAGAAAACAGGAAGCAGAAACCUUGUCCCCUAGCGAUCAUCGCUCUGACAACUCAUCCAGCUCCCACAGGACUAACCAUUUCCUGAUAAACGAACCCGCCGAGUAUUCCAGGAUGCUUCCGCAAACAAUAUCUGCUGCCUGCGAAAUGAAGAGUGAGAAUGCACUGGACACUUGGCAGGAAAUCCAGGGGACUUUCCAGAGGAUUCAGACUCUAACCAGAAGGCAGAAAGAUCACCUGAAGCGAAUCCACAAAGGAAAUGAGACCGCUAAUGAGCAGUUUUCCAUGCCCAUCCAGUGCACCGAAGACACAGCAGAACAGGCCGAGGCUCCUUUUUCCUCACCGCUGAGGUCAGAGGUCGUCGAUCCUUCGACCUCCACAUCCCUGGCGUCACGUGGCGCCGGUCCAGACGGACCGUUUUUUGAUUCCCUAAGAGGCCUGAGUGUGAAGUUUCCCCCGAGCACAGACGAUGAGUACGACUUUCUCAACAGUACGCCGGAUAAACGGGUGGACCUGCCCCUGCACAGGCCGGACCUGGGAGACAGCAUGCACACGAUGAGGGAGGAGUCUUAUCCGUCAUACUCUGCACCCUCUUCAUCCGCUCACACAUCUGCAUCUUCUGCGUCACACGAAAAUGUACGAGGACCCCAACAGCUUUUUUGGACUCCAGACCUCCCGGACUUGUCCGCCCAGGCGCCGGGGACAGACGCUCAGCAGAUGAACAGCCGAGAGAAGUGUGCCUUUUGCGAGGAUGAUGUACCCCCGAAUCACAUGUAUAGCCACCUCAAUUCACACUUCAAGAACAAAGCUGGCGAUUGACACACACAGGCAAGGGGCGCCGCCGGACUGAAGCGGCCUUUAUUCCUGGCUUUGUUAAGUAGCGUGCUGCCCGUCUGAACACAUUUGCUCCCGUCCGUCAGUGACACGAUGAAGAGAGCGCAGCCUUUAUUUAAUUAGGAGAACUUUAAACAGUUCAUUUUAGGGUGGUUAUGUCUUAAUUAAUCUUUUUAGCCGCAUUUUAGUUUGGAGGCGUUCCGAUGACUGGCAGUUUCACUGUAGAAUAAAGACAUGCUUCCUUUUGAAAGUCAUUUAAGUUGAUGUGGCAACCUAAAAGAUAGAGGAUGAGUUGCAAAUGCAGUUUACGUGAGCUAAACGUCUCACCGUUGUACUUUUCUUUAAAUGCAACCUAAACAACAAGCAGCUCUCAUCUGUGCUACGCGUAUAUCAAAUUAAAAACCAAAUAUCAAUUUCUAGAAUUAUUUUACAGUUAUGUCAGGCAGCUUCAAGACCUGUUUAUGAAUGUGUCACAUUUGUAUUGCAAUGUUCAGGAAUAAGUGAAACCGUCACGGGAGCCAUAUAUCGGUAACUGUGUGCGAUUUUAAGUCAUAAAUCCAAUUCCACAAAUGCUUGUUUUCUAUAGCAUAGGUUUCAAACACACUGUCUUAAAUUAGAAUCAUUUUCUGCAUCCUUUCCUCCAAACUAAGUUGUAAUAUCAUAUUUUUGUAACAUUUCUGUUUAAAGUGAACGCAAUAAAACCACACUGACACACA